UGGUGCCUCCACCAAGCCAUACACAAGGAGGAGGAGAAGAUGGCCGCCAUCUUGCAGGAGAGGAAGGAGAAGGAGGCCAAGAAGAAGGCCUUGAAGGAGGAGCAGGCGGCCAAAUUGAAGAAGAUAGAAGAAGAGAUGGCCAGAGAGAAGGAGAGGAUACAAAAAGAAGAGGAAGAAAAGUUGAAAGAGGUGGAAGAGGAGGAAGAAGAUGAAACGUCGUUGCAGAGGAAGAAGGGGCAGUACAGUGGCAGUAGGGAUGAGGAGAUGGAGAAGCGGAUUUCAGAGUGGGUCGCCAACUUAUCCCUGGGCGAAGAAGAGGAGGUGGCGAUGUAUAUCCCUAAGGAUGAUCAGGAAGCCGCUAUGAGAGCUUGGGAAGCAGAAAAAGAUGUUGUGAAGCGACAGGCAAUGGAAGAUAAGAAGAGAAUGGAAUGGAGGUUGGCGGUGAUGAGGGAGAAGAAGAGGAGAGUGGACGCGGCAGCGGAGGCGGCAGAAGAAUUAGAGGAGGUAAAAAAUAUAGAAGAGCAACUAGCCACCCAGACUGAACUCCCAGCCCAAAUGCGAGUCAUAGCCCGAAAUGUUGCACGCCUGGCACGAAUUCAGGYGAAGCAAUAUGACUUUAGUUGGAGUCAACACAUAGCUGUGCGUUCAAUAAAGUUGGGAUUCCGGGACUUUGCUCGAGAGUUGGUAGGCACUAUAGGCACUAAGGUGGGCCACCGCCUCGACAAGACUGAGCGGUUUUGCGCUGGCGCCAUUGAGGGCGUCAAGGCGGCAGCCCCCAAGGAGGAGGAAGCACRUCCUCCUCGCUGGGAACCAGUCAAGGUCAAAUUCCUUGAUUCCUACAGUGGGAAAAGGGAAGAGAACUUUGACAACUGGGAAGCCAACGUUUAGACCUAUGUGCACUUUCAACAGGUCUCCCCGGAUCAGCAGGUUCUAAUUGCGAUCCACGCGCUGAGAGAUGAGGCCGCCAGUUUUGCAAGGUCCCUAGUUCGCGCUGGCAACUGUAGUGACGAUCCCGUUGCGUACUCCUCGUUCACGUCCCUCACCGAAUUCCUGAAGUUGUUGCGCGAGAGAUUCGCUGAUGUCACCCGCAGCGUUAAAGCCUUAGAUAGGCUGCAGACGAUCCACUCUCGUAAGUGGAAAAGUGUCAGGGCCCUUAAGAGUACAAUGGAUGACUUAGUGGUUGUCCCUGACCACGAGGUUACGGACACCCAGUUGGUCGGCCUCUUCUAUCGGGCUAUACCCCGU